UUCCUUUCCUCCUCACAGUGUCUUCUUCAGCUGCUCCGAUCAACCAUGAACGCUGUGGUGUUUCUCGCUCUCCUGGGCAUGGCUGCCGCCCUCCCCCAGAUGUACCGCUACCCCUCCCCCGUGGUCACCGUGAAGAACGCAGGGGAUUACGCAGCCAAGGUCGUCUCGCCUCUGACCUACACCUACCCAACCACCUACGGCAAGCCCAUCGCCUACACUGCCGGCUUCCCCUACACCGCCGGCUUCCCUUACACUGCCGGCUUCCCCUACACCGCCGGCUUCCCCUACACCGCCGGCUUACCCUACACCGCCGGCUACCCCUACGCCCCCGUGGUGACCAGCCCCGUGGUGGCCAGCGCCGAGACGAAGACCCCAGUGGCAAGGACCAAGAGAUCCGCUGAGCCCGAGCCAGAAGCCGAGGCUGACCCCGCCUACAUCUACACCAGCGGCGUUGUCCCUGGCACCGUCCCCUUCACCGGCACCACCACCUACAACUACCCCGCCUCCACCUUCCCCAUCACCACCUUCCCCGCCAUAAGCGCCCCUAUCACCUACAAAUCCCCUAUCACCUACAAAUCCCCUAUGACCUACACCUACCCCUUCGCCUUCCCCUUCAACUACCCCAGCGUGAUCAAGACCCAGUAAGAGGGACGGGCCUGGAUGACGAUGAAGGACAACAACCGAUGACUACAUGGCUUGUUGGGCAGCUGAUGAUGACCUGACAUGACCUCCUUUUAGGUUCCCCUACUAUUUUAUUUUUUUCACUCAAGUCGUUCCUGUACUUCCUCCUCCUCCUCCUCCUCCUCCUCCUCCUCCUCCUCCUCCUCCUCUUUCAGUAUCAACGUUUUAGGGACUUCUUCCAUGUUACUUUUUCAAUCAAUAAAAAACAAAAUCCA